UUAAAAAGCCCAUCUUACACCUUACCUUUUUUUUCAACUCUUACUAGGGUUGGUGCUAAGGACAUUGCUGGUAUACAUUUACCAACAAAUGUGAAAUUUCGGAGUCCAGCCUAUUCUUCUGUAGAUACUGAAGAAAUAGUUGAACCAUACACAACUGAAAAGAUGAGUGGAAUCCCUGGAGGAUACCUGCCUUUGACAGAGUGCUUUCAGAUUAUGAAAGUUGAUUUCAAUAAUCUUGAGGAAUUAAAAAGUCUUGCAACUAAGAAGCCAUACUCUCUUAAUGUUCCUGCUGUUAAAGCAGGCAUGUUGGAUGCUAUUAUGGUUUGGUUUGUUCUCCAGCUUGAUGAUGAACACAGUUUGUCCACAAGUCCUAGUGAGGAAACCUGUUGGGAACAGGCUGUUUAUCCAGUACAGGCCCUUGAAGACUACUGCAUACAGCCUGGAGAUCGAGUGACAAUGGAGGCAUCUUGUCACGAUUGUUACCUAAGAAUCCAGGGGAUCAGUAUCUUGCAUUUGGAACAUGAAAUGGAAGUUAUAAAAAGUUUUACCAACAGUACAGACUUGCUCUCUCUAGGAAAUGAGGCUGAACUCUGUAGUGCUCUGGCUAACCUUCAGACCAGUAGACCAGAAGCUCUCGAGCAGACCUGUGUGUUAGAGCCCACAGAGAUUGCUUUGCUUAAUAACAUUCCGUAUCAUGAAGGCUUUAAGACGGCAAUGAGGAAGGUGUUGUCUUCACUGGCCCCAGAGCCACUGUGCCAGCCCAUGGACACUCACUGUCAGUACAUGGAGAUGAACUCUGGGAGUGGACAACGUAACACUGCUCCGAGCACCUCUGAUCCUUUCUAUGUGCUGGAUGUGUCUGAAGGCUUCUCUCUUUUACCUAUACUUGCUGGAACACUUGGCCGGGUUAAGCCCUACAGUUCAGUGGAAAAAGACCAGCACUGUAUCGCUUUGGACCUCAUAUCUGAAGCCAAUCACUUCCCUAAGGAAACACUUGAGUUUUGGCUGCGGCAUAUAGAGGAUGAAGCUGCUGUGUUGCAAAGACCCAAAUCAGACAAACUGUGGAGCAUAAUUAUAUUAGAUGUCAUUGAGCCUUCUGGGCUCAUCCAGCAGGAGAUAAUGGAAAAGGCUGCAAUAUCCAGGUAAGCUGCAGUAUCCAGGUACGCAAAACCACAAGUGCGGGGCGAGUUUGGGUUCCUUUUCUUUUCUUUCUUUCUUUAAUUUUUUUUCUUUUUUAAAUU